AUGGCCUGGAACUCUAUUCUACCCGGGCGCCGAACCGGGCUGGCGCUGCUCUGCGGCGUCAUUGCCUUUGCUGCUCUGGGCGCAGCGUACGAUGCUGUCGCGGUGGGGGAGCUGUCCGUGGGUGAGAUUGAAGAUGAAUUGCAGAACUGCCCCCUCGUCGAGGUCCUUAACGAGCACAAACGCGCCACCGCUCCCCAAACGACCAGCCUCAGCUCCAAGAUCUUCGCGGUCCUGUUCCCUGGCAGCCCAGCUGUGAAUGCCCUCCUGGCAACUGUUUACAUCUCAGGCCCUCCCAACUUCCUCCUGGCCCUCUGCCCCCCCAACAUCGACCCCUCAUCUCUGUCCGUCAUGGUCGCCUUCGCAGUGGGUGGCUUGCUGGGCGACACGCUGUUCCACCUCCUCCCGGAGAUCUUCCUGGGCGAAGACUCCCCCGAGCACGUCAGCUUCGUGAUGGUCGAGCCAAACCGCAACCUCCUCCUCGGCCUCGGCAUCAUGGUCGGAUUCUUCACCUUUGUCGCAAUGGACAAGACGCUCCGCAUCGCCACAGGCGGGGAGGGACACUCCCACUCCCAUGGCCCGGAACCAACCCCUACCACCUCAACAGAGACAGAGGGCACCUCGACCAGCCUUGACACACCCACGACCGACCUCAAAAAGCGCAAGCAGCCCCAACCCACCCCCGCAGCCACAUCAUCCACCGACACAACCACACCCCCCAAGGAAAUCAACCCCAGCGUCAAACUAGGCGGCUACCUCAACCUCAUCGCAGACUUCACCCACAACAUCACCGACGGCCUCGCCAUGUCCUCCUCCUUCUACGCCUCGCCCACAAUCGGCGCAACCACCACCGUGGCCGUCUUCUUCCACGAGAUCCCCCACGAAGUAGGCGACUUCGCCCUCCUAGUCCAAUCCGGCUUCUCCAAGCGCCAAGCCAUGGGCGCGCAAUUCGUCACCGCCGUGGGGGCCUUCCUCGGCACGCUUAUCGGCAUUGCCGUGCAGGAAUUCGGCGGGAACAGCCACACCGCCACGGACGGAGGCAGCGCAGUCGGACUCCUCGGCACGAGCCUCUCCUGGGGCGAUAUGCUUCUCCCGUUCACUGCAGGCACGUUCUUGUAUGUGGGGACAGUGUCGGUCAUCCCGGAGCUGCUGGAGACGGGGAAGAAUAAGGGCGUUGAGAUCCGGAAGACGAUUGUGCAAUUUUUGGCUGUUGCGUUGGGCGCGGGGAUUAUGUUGUGGAUCUCCUGGGAUUGA